GGCGCCGUCGUCGUCGAGCCUGCCCUUCACAUCCGUCCACAUCCUACCAGGCUCAGCUCCCAAGCGCAGCACAGCAAUGGCCCUGCUCAAGUCAAACAAGGUGAUCCUCUGUUUGGGAAACAUUUCCCCAUCCCUGGGAGCUUUUUCCACCCGCAACAGCUCAUGGUGGGGUGGAGUGCAGAUGGGACCCCCAGAUCCCAUCCUGGGAGUCAGCGAGGCCUUCAAGAAGGACUCCAACCCCAAGAAGAUGAACCUGGGGGUGGGAGCCUACAGGGAUGACCAGGGCAAGCCCUUCGUGCUCAGCUGUGUCCGCAAGGCAGAGGCUAUUAUUGCAUCCAAGCAGCUGGAUAAGGAGUACCUCGGCAUCACUGGUUUGGGAGAAUUUACCAAGUCUUGCGCCCAGCUUGCUUUCGGUGCCGAUAAUGAGGUCCUGAAGAGCGGCAGGAACAUCACCGUCCAGACCAUCUCAGGAACCGGAUCUCUGCGCAUUGGAGCCAACUUCUUGGCUCGAUUCCAUGGAGGUCCACGUGAUGUGUACUUGCCCAAACCCUCCUGGGGAAACCACACACCUAUCUUCAGAGACGCUGGCAUGCAGCUUAAAGCAUACAGAUACUACGAUGCUUCCACCUGCGGAUUUGACUUUAAAGGAGCUCUUGAAGACAUUUCUAAAAUCCCAGAGCAGAGUGUGAUCCUGCUGCAUGCAUGCGCUCACAACCCCACUGGUGUUGACCCAAAGCCAGAGCAGUGGAAGGAGAUUUCUGACCUUGUCAAGAAAAGGAAUCUGCUCCCGUUCUUCGACAUGGCCUAUCAGGGCUUUGCCAGUGGAGACAUCAAUCGGGAUGCCUGGGCUGUUCGCUACUUCAUCGAGCAGGGACACAACGUCCUUCUGUCCCAGUCCUUUGCCAAGAACAUGGGGCUCUAUGGUGAGCGUGUUGGAGGCUUUUCUGUGGUGUGUAGCGAUGCAGAGGAGGCGAAGAGGGUCGAGUCUCAAAUCAAAAUCCUCAUCAGACCCAUUUACUCAAACCCGCCCAUGAAUGGUGCCCGAAUUGCUUCAACCAUUCUCAACACACCAGAUCUGUACUCACUGUGGCUUGAGGAGGUCCAUGGUAUGGCUAAUCGUAUCAUUAAGAUGAGAGAACAGCUGGUGGCCGGUUUGAAGAAGGAGGGCUCCUCCAACAACUGGCAGCACGUUAUUGAUCAGAUCGGGAUGUUCUGCUUCACUGGCCUCAAACCAGAACAGGUUGAGCGCCUUACAAAGGAGUUUUCAGUGUACAUGACCAAGGAUGGCAGAAUCUCAAUGGCAGGCAUUUCCUCUGGGAACGUUGGUUACCUGGCACAAGCGAUCCAUGCAGUCACAAAGUAGAGUGGACCCUGCCGAGGAAGCUACAAAAUCAAAGCAGACGUGUUAAAAGGAGCUUUGUGCGUCACUUAUUCUGUCUCCUCCAUUCCACCUUUAGAAAAGAUUUAUUUAGUUAAACAUUUUCUUGAUUGGAUAUUUUAACUUGGAAUGGCUGCUGCUGAAAAACAGUUUAGUUUGUUUGUCUCUUUUUUUUCUUUUUUUUCUCAACAUUUCACUGAACAGCUUCCCCUGCCACUCACUCUAAAACAUCAAAGAACAGAACUGGGGAUAAUAUAAGGCUGAUAAUUUGAGAUGGCUGUUGUCUUGUGAAAGCCUGUAGGAAAUGUGAGUUCUUUUUAAUUUAAAUGGUUGGGUUAUAGCACUUUAUGAGCUUGAAAGCACUGUUUUAUUUCAAGAUUAGGAUUCUGUUUUCCCUCAGUUAAUCAAUUCACUGCUGGCUGUUCAUCUGAGCUAAUCAAUCACUCAGCAAUGUAGUCUCCUGAUUACUUUACUCCUUUUAUUCAGCAGGAUUUGUCAACUGUUUGAGGUGUCUAUCUUAAUCACAUGUCAACAGUCUCUCAGUAAGUUCCGUCUAACACCUGAUUGAAAACAAGCACACAGACCAAAAGAGAAGUAAACUCAGAAGAUUAAAAUGAUCAAUACCCUGAACUAUUUUCUCAAUUUGUUUUUCCACUACUGUCCCAGAACAUCCUAUUUCUUAACCACCUUUUCACAAUGGAGUCUUUAUAUUUGGUACAAAUACAAAUGUCUCUGUUUGGUUGAUAAGGUGAGUGGAGUUCCUGAUUGAGGUAAACAUUAGACGGUUCAUAAAGAAAUGCGGUAUACACAUGCUUCAUAUUUUCUCAGACUUCCUGAUUUACUGAAUGUGUCUGUCAUUGAGAGUGUUACACAAGUGGCAUUUACAAAUGUGGGGGUUGCCACAAGUCUGCCUAUACUACCAUGUUUUGCAUUCUGUCAAUAAAUAAUGGAUCAGUGGUUAUGUACCUUAUUGAACAAACAAUAAAUGGUAAUAGAGUCAUGA